CCCAAGCCAGAGGCUCCGCCCUUUCGAACGUGGAGUAUCCGGCUUUUGGGGCGCCUUCGCUUCGCGGCGGGCCGGGAUCGAAGGGAGACACGCGCGCUCGGAAGUCCUUCUGCUGGGUCGGAGCAGGGUCUCCUCAUGGCUGGAAGAGGAGGAAGAGGAAGGGGCCGGGGUGGCCAUAUGACCUUCAAUGUUGAGGCGGUGGGCAUCGGGAAGGGGGAGGCAUUGCCCCCUCCCACCCUGAAGCCAUCACCCCUCUUCCCUCCGCUGGAAUAUAAACCGCUUCCGUUGCUGGCUGGAGAGGAGGUGGAAUACAUGCUGGCCCUGAAGCAGGAAUUGAGGGGGGCCAUGAAGAACCUGCCGUAUUUCAUCAAGCCUUUGGCCCCCAAAAAAGAUAUUGAGCGCUAUUCCGACAAGUAUCAGAUGGCGGGCCCGACUGACAACCCCAUGGAGUGGAAUCCAGAUUGGAAGCAGCUCCCUCCGGAACUAAAAAUUCGGGUGAAGAAGACUCGAAAACAAAGGCCGGCAGCCCCAGUUCCCAAGGAGAAAACCAAAGUGCCCGCAGACAAGGAGGAAGCCAUCAAGAAGUUGGAGACCCUGGAAAAGAAAGAGGAAGAGGUGACAUCGGAAGAGGAAGAGGAGAAGGAGGAGGGUGAAGAAGGCAAGGAGGAAGAGGAGGAAGAAUAUGAUGAAGAAGAGUUUGAAGAGGAGACGGACUACAUCAUGUCCUAUUUUGACAACGGGGAAGAUUUUGGGGGCGACAGCGAUGACAAUAUGGACGAAGCCAUCUACUGAGGACUGGCCGGUGGGCUGGCCGGUUGCAGAGGCCACCUGGCGAAGUUUCUGGUGAUUUCAUCCUUGAGGGCUCUAGAAAGGGGUCUCCAGUCUGUAGAUCAGGGGUCUUCAACCUUGGCAACUUUAAGACCUGUGGACUUCAACUCCCAGAAUUCCUCAGCCAGACCCCUGCUUUAGGAUGGCAUUGGUGCUCCAUAUUGCUGGUGUCUCAUUCUACCUCCCGAUGAUGGAGACUUCCUCCGAAAAGGGACGACAUGGAGCAGAUUCCGUGCUGCUCUGAAGUUCUCCAGGACCUGGCAACAAACUACCCAUAAACCAUGAUCUUUGGAGUUGAGGGAAUAGGGUUGUGUUGGAUUACGUGAGCUGCAUUGCAAUACAUGACAUAUCCUUCUUGGCCUGCAUUAGAUUACAUGACCCAUCCUUCUCAACUUGGGUUGGAUUACAUGACCUAUCUUCCUUAUCUUGUGUUGGAGGACUUGACCUAUCUUUCUUGGCCUGUAUUGGAUGACAUGUCCUAUCUUCCUUGGCCUGUGUUGGAUGACAUAACCCAUCCUCCUUAGCCAGUCCCACCAGCAGGCUGUGAUCCAGCAGGAUUUGAGUGGCGUGUGGUCCAAAGCAGAAAAAAAGGAAGUUCCUCUCCUCAGACUUUCCAAAUUUUGAGGAAUAUCUAAACACCUUUAACCCAGAGCUGGAUCUGCUGUGUGGGGCAGUUUGGAUUGUUUAGGCAAUGCUGGGAGGAAGAGGGGGAUUCUGCAAAAAGAGGGCGUAGUGUGGAUGCAGUUCAAACCCCCUUUUAAAAUUAUUUCUGGUUCCCACUGGGGGGGAAAAGCAGAGGAGGAGAGAAUACUGAGAUUAGAGAGAGUUCACUGAACGCCUGUGGAGUCUUUGUGGUGUGACCUCGCUCAAGUAGCUGGGCGACGUUGAACCAUCUUGCAAAUUUUGCUGCGCCAUCUGUGGCGAAAGGCGGGCUGGGACUACCUGACCCCCGGGGCCGAGGGGGCCUGUUGGAGCCUGGAAGAGCUGGCUGAGACUGUCUUGGCUACCGUGGAGACGGCUAUCGGAGACUGUUUUGGGGGGACCCGACCCCCUUGGUUGUCUGACGCCUCCAUCCGCUGUCUGUGCUGCUGCAGGAUCAGGCUAGGGACAGGGUAGGGUUAGAUUAGAAUUAUAGGGUGGGGUUAGUUUAGUUAAGAUUAGGAUUAAGAUGAGGGUGAGGGUGAGGGUGGGGUUGCUAGCCUGACGGCCUACUGGCUGGCUGCCACCAUGGGGAGUGUUGCGGUACAGCUGGGAGCGGGGCUUUUUCCUCCCCCCUUUAUCGUGGGGUUUCCCUGGCUCCCGUGUGUCCUUUUGUUCCCGGGGGAAGGGGUGUUGCUGGCCUGCCAUCGCCUAUGGCUGGCUCCACAACCUUCGCUAUUAUAUUCACCACCUGUGGCCGACUUGCCUCCCAGACAUUUCCUGGCCUUUCUCUCUGGACCAUCGUUGGGGAGCAAAUUGGGGCCUAUGAUUUUACUGCCAUGCUGGGCUGCCUAUUCAUCCCCCCACUGAUUUUCUACAGUAAUGAGAGAGAGGACUGGAAGUGGGACCCUCUCUUUAUUAUUAUCAUUGUAUGUCUCUUUUAUUACUCCCUGGACCUUGGGCUCUCGUGUGGGAGGUCUUGGACACUACUCCCUCCUCGGCUUUUUCGGACUAUAUUCGAUCAAUUGCUAUAUUGUGCGAUUUUUAUAAUUUUUAUAAAUUUGUAAUUUUUAAUUGUAUGGAGAGUGUGUGGUACGACUGUGGUUGACUGAAUGUUCCCACUUUUACUACGAUAUUGUUGUUUCCCUUGUUUUAACUUGUUUGUGGGGAUUGAUUGAUUGUGUGUGUGUGUGUGUGUGUAUGGUGGGCCGGGAGCAUAGCUGGAUGUGUGUGUCGAAGGGCGCUUAUCAACAUUACUCUGAAAGACCGUGGCAACUCUAGCCGAAAUCUGUCGGACUCUUCACCGACUGUGAAUCAUUACGGGUUGUGAAUGACCAUAAUUCACAGCCGUUUAAAUAAAAGAGGGGGUUUUGGACUAAGACUGUGAGUUAUGCUUCCUCAGGAAGGACAUCAAGAAUGUUUGAAGAUGGGUGGACGUCAACUCCCAGAACUCCCCUCUUCAAGCCACCAAGGUUGAGAAAUGCUGGUUUAGCCCCAACUCAACAGAAAGAGGAAACCAAUUUUGUGGACAGAGUUGGGAGUGAUUCUUCGAGGUUUCACUGCCUGUCGGAUCCUCGUA